CCGUGAUGACGUAUUGCGUCACGUCAUACGUCAUACCUCCUCCACUUGAGACCAGAAAGAAGAAGAAACAUGGCUGCAAGGUUGUUGCUCCGCUCCGCUCUCAGAGCCGCUAAAACAUGCCGUGCUGCCCCGGUUCCGGCUCUGAGUCGCGGCAUGGCUGCUGGAGGAAUCCCCACUGACGAGGAGCAGGCCACCGGCAUGGAGAAGAUCAUCAUGAAGGCCAUGAAGGAGGGGUCGGACCCGUACAGCAUGCUGAAGCCCAAAGCGUACGCCGGCUCUAAGGCCGACCCUCACAUCGUGCCCUCCAUCACCAGCCAGAGGAUCGUGGGAUGCGUCU